AUGUGCUGUCAUCUGGUGCGGGUUCCGAACGCGAAGGGAAGAGUAGGGAAGGGGCGGAAAAAGGAGCGCGAGGAAGGCGCGGCGCGCGGCCGCGUGCGGCGCGGGGCGGCGCCGGGGAGCCGCGCGCUGCCAUUGGCCGCUGGGCGGGCCGCGGCGCGCCGGCCACGCCCCCGCGGCGCGCACGGAUACAGCGGCGGCGGCGGCGGCGGCGGCCCGCGGGCGCGCCGCGACGCGACGGAGGGCGUCUCGCAGCUGCUGCUGGGUGGUCGGGCGCCGGGCUCUGCGCGCCAGCUGCGGCCGCCGCUGGCCGGGCGGGCAGUCGCCGACGCCGCCGCCGCCGGACAACAGAGGGUGCUGGCGAUGGCGGACAAGCUGUGCGCCGUGGCGGGCCUGGGCGUCGGCGUCGGCGUCGGCGUCGGCGUCGGCGUCGGCGUCGGGCUGGGCCUGUGCUGCGCGUGCCGUCGGCCCAUCUGCGACCGGUACAUCAUGCGCGUGGCCGACGCCUCGUACCACGAGCGCUGCCUGCAGUGCUGCGUGUGCGGCGCGCGACUCGCCCACACCUGCUUCACCAGGGACCACAAGCUCUACUGCCGCAUCGACUACGACAGGUAG